UACAAAUGUGUGUCUAGGACUAGAACUUUUUCAUUCGCAGAAUUCAGUGAAUUCAGCAUUGAGCGUUCUGAUUUUUGAUUUUUGUUAAAAUUUUCUAUUUUUUGUUGCAAAAGAAAAGAUGGAAGGAACCUUAGACGGCUUGCUCACCAAGUGGGAGUGCGAGGUCGAGAAUAUAUCAAAUGCGCAAAGAGAGUUGCAGCGUGGGGGGCAUGGAAUGCCGAUGCCCGCCCUGGAAGGCUUGGCUCAGAAUGCUGUCGCAGCCAAUCCCGAUUUGUUGCAAGUAAUUGCUCUGGAGGAAAUUCCACGCAUGCAAGUGGAAGCUGGACAGGAGGAACCAAACGUUCCAGAGGAACCAGAGGGUCCAGAGGAACCAAACGUUCCAGAGGAACCAGAGGGUCCAAAGGAACCAGAGGAGCAGCGUCAAGUGGAACAAUAG